AUGUAUUAUCGCACCCUUGGAGUUAAGCGACGCGCCUCAUCUGAUGAUAUCCGCAAGGCAUUCCACACGCUGGCGGUUCGACUUCAUCCCGAUAAACCCGGUGGAUCUGUGGAACUCUUUCAAGCCUUGCAGAAGGCGUAUGAAAUAUUAAGUGAUGCGAAAACACGGGCCACUUAUGAUGAGGAGUUAGAAAAACGGAGAAGUAAAUUACGUGGAUUUAAACGACCAGCGGAAUUUGAAUCUGUUCGAUUCCCUGUGCAUUUCAAACUGGCAGAUGAUGAGUACUAUACAUUUGAAACAGCCCCAGAUAAAUUAAAAUGUACCUUUAAGCAUGGAGAUAUUAUUACAUGGAAUAGUCAAAUAGGUUGUUUUAUUGGUUUAGCAGCAGACAAUUAUCUCUAUUGGUGUCGUGAUGGCAACACAUAUGCCUCACAAUUAUGCCAAAAAGAAAGUUUUGGUGUCGAUACAGUGAAAGUGGUUUAUCGUGCCAACUUUAAAACACAGCAGCGACGUCAUUUGCCCUCCUCUCUUAAAAAGAAACCCACGGUGUCGAGAAACUCAACAACAACAACAACAGCGGCAGCAGCAGCAGCGGCACAGGAGGCGGAAACAACAACAGCGGAGGCAUCGUCAUCAUCGGCGGCCGCCACGAUGGGGGAAUCCACCACCACCGACACAACUUCACAUGCGGCGGAAAAUGUAAUGAAAGGAAGACGUGCGGUGUUGUCAGAGGCAGAGCGAUUGCGACGUGAUAUUAUGCGGCGUGAACGGGAGCGAUAUGUGAAGGAACAACUCGAAUUACUGGUGGAAUGUGAAAAGAAAAAACGUGUUCGUUUGAUGGAGAAGAUUAAUGCGGUUCUGGAGGACAGACGACAGGAAUUUAAAGAUUGGAUCGCAGCAGGAAAGAAUGCUGGAACAGCAGAUAAAGAAGAAGAACCGGUAUGGAUUACAUACGCGAAGGAGAAGGAGAGAAUUGCUGGAGAAACAGAUGAAAAGAAAUGCGAAUGA